AUGUUUUCAGCGGGAUCAUGCCAAGCUGACCAGUUCUCCUGUGAGAACGGGAGAUGCAUCCCAGAGUCCUGGCGUUGUGACAGGGAUGACGACUGUGGGGACCACUCUGAUGAGACCGCCUCUUGUGAUUUCGCCACAUGUGAGCCCCUCACACAGUUCAGCUGUUCCAAUGGAAGGUGCGUUAGUGUGAAAUGGCACUGUGACUCAGAUGAUGACUGUGGGGAUGGUAGUGACGAGGUGGGUUGUGUCCAUGCCUGUUCCAGUGCCCAAUUCCAGUGUGCCAGUGGGAAGUGUAUCCCUGACCACUGGGCCUGUGACGGGGACGAUGACUGUGGGGACAACAGUGAUGAGAACACCCCCUGCACUGGGACAGCCUCGGUAUCAGCUGAUGACUGCAGCGGAGAUGAGUUCCAUUGCCGGGACGACGGUGGCACCUGUAUCCCCGAGCGCUGGAGGUGUGACGGGGACAAGGACUGCGAGGACGGGAGUGACGAGGCAGACUGUGAAGGCACCAGCAGAAUGUGCGACCCACACGCAAAGUUCACCUGUCAAACCUCAGGCAAGUGUAUCAGUAAGAGCUGGGUGUGUGACGGGGACUAUGACUGUGAGGAUCUGUCCGAUGAGGAAAGCUGUGAGACGUCGCCAUGUAAACCUCCCAGAUACCCCUGUGCCAAUGACACCUCCGUCUGCCUGCCUCCCGAGAGCAUCUGCAACGGGAGAUACGACUGCUCUGACCACUCUGACGAGGGACACUUCUGUGCCGAUUGCAUUUUGGGUAACGGCGGCUGUAGCCACCAGUGUGCAGUGGCUCCUGGGAGGGGCGUGGCGUGCUCCUGCCCGCCGGGGCUCAGUCUAAGCCCAGACAACAGGACGUGCCAGAUCCUGGACUACUGCUCCAGGCACCUCAAGUGCAGCCAAGUGUGUGAGCAGUACAAAGCAACCGUCAAGUGUUCCUGCUACCCAGGCUGGAGGCUGGAACUAGAUGGGGACACCUGCCAGAGUACAGUAGAGCAUGGCGCUUGCAACGCCAAGGGUCGUAGGUUUGACCUGCUGGGAGCACCCAUAAAUCCCUUUGAGGCAUUCAUCAUCUUCUCCAUCCGCCAUGAGAUCAGGAGGAUCGAUCUCCACAGGCGAGACUACAGCCUUCUAGUUCCUGGUUUGAGGAACACGAUCGCCUUAGACUUCCACUUCGAUCAGAGUCGACUCUACUGGACCGAUGUGGUUGAGGAUAAGAUAUACAGGGGGAAGCUGCUAGACUCUGCUGGUGUGAUAGGGAUUGAAGUGGUGGUCCAACAUGGACUGGCUACUCCGGAGGGUCUGGCUGUUGAUUGGAUAGCAGGGAACCUGUAUUGGAUUGACAGCAACUUAGAUCAGAUAGAGGUGGCCAAGCUAAACGGGAAUCUCCGGACCACACUGAUCGCCGGAGGGAUGGAGCACCCACGAGCCAUCGCUCUGGAUCCUGAGCAGGGAAUUAUUUUCUGGACAGACUGGGAUGCCACCUUCCCUCGGAUCGAGGCUGCUUCUAUGAGCGGAGGAGGACGCCAUGUUGUCUUCAGAGACAUGGAGAUAGGAGCCUGGCCUAAUGGUCUUACUCUGGACCUUAUGGAGAAGAGGGUUGUGUGGACUGAUGCCAGGUCUGAUGCCAUAUUCUCUGCUCUGUACGAUGGGACUGGUGUGAUAGAGAUUCUGAAGGGACAUGAGUACCUGUCACAUCCCUUCGCUGUCUGUCUCUAUGGAGGUAGUGUCUACUGGACUGACUGGAGGACCAACACUCUGGCUAGGGCUAACAAGUGGACAGGAGCCAAUGUGACAGUCAUCCAGAAGACCAGUGCCCAGCCAUUUGACCUUCAGAUAUACCACCCCAGCAGACAACCACAAGCCUCAAAUCCCUGCGAGGCGAAUGGCGGUCGUGGACCCUGCUCCCAUCUAUGCCUUAUCAACUACAACCGCACCGCAUCCUGUGCCUGCCCCCACCUCAUGAAGAUAUCUGCAGACAACUUUACUUGCUUCACACUGAAGAGAUUCCUUCUGUAUGUGAGGCGAACCGAGAUCCGUGGCGUGGACAUUGACAACCCUUACCUGAACCUGAUCACAGCCCUGACGGUCCCAGAUAUAGACGAGGUCACAGCAGUGGACUACGAUGCAUCAGAGGAACGAAUCUACUGGACUGACGUCAAAACACAAACCAUCAAACGGUCCUCCAUCAACGGAACCGCGAUAGAGACGAUCAUAUCCGGAGGUAUUGUUAAUGUAAGAGGUCUGGCCCUGGACUGGCUCUCCAGGAACCUGUAUUGGAUUAGUUCAGAAAGCGACGAGUCACAGAUAAACGUGGCGAGGCUAGACGGGUCCCUGAAAACCUCUGUGGUUCACGGGAUUGAGAAGCCUAAGUGUCUCACCGUACAUCCGUCUAAAGGGAAAAUGUAUUGGACAGAUGGCAACACAAUCAACGUGGCCAACAUGGAUGGAAGCAAUAGCAAGAUCAUUCAACAGAACCAGAGAGAGCCAGUUGGCCUGUCGAUAGACUACACGUCAGACAAGCUGUACUGGAUCAGUGGAGGCAACGCCACCAUCAACAGGUGUAGUCUGGACGGUAGUGGUCUGGAAGUGCUGGAGACCAUGAAGGAGGAGCUGGUUAAAGUCACGGCUCUAGCUGUUAUGGGUGCCAAGCUGUGGUGGGCCGAUGACAGCUUGGCCCAGUUGGGGACCGUCAGUAAGAGAGGCGGGCUGGACAUGGUGGUUUUACGCAACAAGACCACGGGGAUUGUUCACAUGAAGGUGUAUGACGAGGACAGCCAGACAGGGAGGAAUCUCUGUCAGGACAACAAUGGUGGCUGCUCUCAGCUCUGCUUCCCGACAUCAGAGAGCACACGGAGUUGUUCUUGUGCCGUGGGCUACAACCUCCACCCCGAUCGCAUGUCAUGUGAAGGCAUUGGGUCUUUCCUGAUGUACUCAGUUCAUGAGGGCAUCAGGGGGAUAUCCCUGGAUCCCAGUGAUAGCAGUGAAGCCUUGAUGCCGGUGACCGGCUCAGUGAUGGCUGUGGGGAUUGACUUCCAUGCUGGAAAUGACACGUUAUAUUGGACAGACAUGGGCUUGAACAGAAUAUCCAGAGCCAAGCGAGAUCAGACGUGGAGAGAGGACAUUGUCACUAGUGGUAUCGGCCGCGUGGAGGGGAUUGCAGUGGACUGGAUUGCAGGUAAUAUCUAUUGGACGGACCAUGGCUUCAACAUCAUAGAGGUUGCUCGACUCAGUGGCUUGUACCGAGCCGUGGUGAUAGCUGAUGGACUUGACCAGCCCAAAGCCAUUGCUGUGCACCCGGUGAAAGGGUUUCUGUUCUGGACAGAAUGGGGACAAAGCCCCUGCAUCGGUCGGGCCCGGCUGGACGGAUCAGACCAAGUUAUUCUGGUCAACUCUGGAAUAGCAUGGCCCAACGGGAUCUCCAUAGACUAUGAGGAAAAUAAAUUAUAUUGGUGCGACGCCCGCGCCAACAAGAUAGAACGGAUCAGCCUUGAGAGCGGAGAGGACCGGGAGAUAGUACUGUCAUCCUCAGCCAGCAACGCAGUGGAUCUCUUUUCAAUGGCCGUCUAUGGGGCUUACAUAUACUGGGCUGACAGGGCUCAUGCCAGAGGCUCCAUUCGCAGAGGUGUUAAGAGUUAUCCAACGGAGGGAGCCACGACUUUGAGGAGUGGUCUGGGAGUCAACUUGAACGAUAUCAAAGUCUUUAACCGAGGACGGGAGAAAGGAACCAACCUGUGCGGCCAAAACAACGGAGGCUGCCAUCAGCUGUGUUUCCACCAGGGCAGUGGGAGGAGGACGUGUUCCUGUGCUCACGGCUACCUGGCUAAAGACGGUCUCAGCUGUCACCAGUACAAUGGCUACCUUCUCUACUCUGAGAGGUCGAUCCUGAGGAGCAUCCACCUAUCAGACGACAGCGACCUCAACUCUCCCCUCAGGCCCUAUGAGAACCCUGCCUACUUCAAGAAUGUGAUAGCGCUGGCCUUUCAUCACCAACAACAGAACUCUGGAGUCACCAACCGGAUUUUCUAUAGUGACGUUCACUUUGGGAAUAUACAGGUUGUCAAUGACGACUGGACUGGACGGAGAGUGAUCGUUGAGAAUGUGGGGUCAGUGGAGGGCCUAGCAUACCAUGGAGCCUGGGACUCACUUUAUUGGACCAGCUCCACCACAGCCACUGUCAGCAGGCACAGCCUGAACCAGAGCCUCCCCGGGGCCUUCACCAGAGAGGCUGUGGUGACACUGGCAGAGGACGACCACCCACAUAAUCUGGCUCUGGAGGAGUGUCAGAACCUGAUGUUCUGGACGAACUGGAAUGAACUGCGCCCCAGCAUUAUGAGGUCCACCCUGUCAGGAAACAACAUCCAGAGUGUCAUCACCACGGACAUCCUCACACCUAAUGGACUCACCAUCGACCACACCGCCGAGAAACUCUUCUUCUCCGAUGGCAGCCUGGGAAAGAUUGAACGAUGUGAAUAUGAUGGCUCACACAGAUAUGUGAUUGUGAAGUCAGGUCCAGGAACCUUCUUUGGCCUGGCUAUCUAUGGGAACUUCCUGUUCUGGUCUGAUUGGGUACGGAGGGCGGUGGUACGCUCCAAUAAGUACACAGGUGGCGACAUCAAGGUCCUCAGAGCCGACAUCCCCAACCAGCCAAUGGGUAUUGUUGCAGUUUCCAACAAUACCAACAAUUGUGAACUGUCCCCUUGCACAGUGCUGAACGGUGGAUGUCAUGACCUUUGUCUUCUGACCCCUCACGGCACAGUCAACUGUAGCUGCAGAGGAGAGAGACUACUACUGGAAGAUAACAGAUGUGUAUCUGAGAACUCCUCCUGUAACAUCCACAUUGAGUUUGAGUGUGGGAACGGGGAGUGUAUCGACUAUCAGCUGACGUGUGACGGAAUAGCACACUGCAAAGACAAGUCGGAUGAGAAAAUGCAAUACUGCGAUAACAGAACCUGUAGACGGGGCUUCAAGAGCUGCUAUAACCAGCGCUGUGUGGCCAAUAGGCGGGUUUGUGACGGGGUCAACGACUGUGGAGAUAAUUCCGACGAGGUUUAUUGUAACCAUUCCACAUGCUCUCCCUCAGACUGGCGUUGUCUGAACGGGGUUUGUAUCCCGGCCUCGGCCCGCUGCAAUCAGCUCAUCGACUGUCCCGACGCCUCAGAUGAGAAGAACUGCAGCAACACGGGCUGCUUGGGUUACUACAUGCUGGGGGUGAAGGAGACAGUGUUCGUCAGCUGCAACUCUACCUCCCUCUGUGUCCACCCCUCCUGGAUGUGUGAUGGAGCCAACGACUGUGGGGAUUAUGCAGAUGAAACCAACUGCCAGACUCCUUCCCUCAGAAAGAGAUGUGAGGAGGGCCAUUUUGCUUGCCCCAGUGGAAACUGCAUCCACACUGUCUGGCUGUGUGACGGAGUGAAAGACUGUGAAGACGGAGCAGAUGAAUUCCAGUGUGACUUGUCCUGCCUGUGGAACCAGUUUGCCUGCUCUAAGAACAAGUGCAUCGCCAAGCAGUGGCUUUGUGACGGAGAGGACGACUGUGGCAAUGGAUUGGACGAGAGCGCAGAGAUCUGUGGUAUGGCUACCUGUGGCCCAGGGUUGUUUAGUUGCCCAGAGUCGUACGCCUGCGUCCCCAAACACUGGCUUUGUGAUGGGGAGAGGGACUGUCCAGAUGGGAGUGAUGAGCUCUCUGCUGCUGGCUGUGCCCCCAACAACACGUGCAUGGAGAGAAUGUUCCAGUGUCGUAAUCAGGUCUGCAUCCCACAGCGGUUCGCUUGUGACCGUGAUGAUGACUGUGGAGACGGCUCCGAUGAGACCCCGGAGUGUAAGUAUGGGUCCUGCAGUCUGGGGGAGUUCCGCUGCACAGAUGGUCGCUGUUUACCCAGAGUCCAGUGGGAGUGUGACGGCCAUCCCGAUUGUCUCGACCAAUCAGACGAGCUGCCACACAACCCCAAGUGUUCCGCUGCAGAAAGCUUGUGCAACGGCUCUUUCUUCAUGUGUGUCAACGGCCGCUGUGUCUCGCUGGCCAGCCUGUGUAACAGGAGGGAUGACUGUGGGGACGCGUCAGACGAGAGGAACUGUCACGUCAAUGAGUGUCUGAACCGUCGAGUCAGUGGAUGCACACAGGACUGUGAAAACCUGCCUGUAGGCUACAAGUGCAAGUGUUGGCCGGGAUUUCGCUUGAAGAACGAUGGCCAAACGUGUGUUGACAUUGACGAGUGUUCAUCCGACUUCCCCUGUAGCCAGCUCUGCGUCAACACAUACGGAUCUUACAAGUGUCUGUGUGCAGACGGCUACGAGGCGCCAGCUAAGAACUCGCACAGCUGCAGGUCUCUCUCAGCUGAAGAGCCCUUCCUGAUUCUGGCCGACCAUCACGACAUCAGGAAAAUAAGCACUGAUGGAUCCAAAUACACUCCUUUAAAACAGGGCCUCAGUAACAUUAUAGCAGUGGACUUUGACUACAGGAAGGAGUUGAUUUACUGGAUCGACUCGAGCUCUCCUGCCCUAACCCAACGGAGGAUAAACAGAAUGCGACUGAAUGGGAGCGACCUAAAGGUAAUCCACAGGACGACCACCCCUAGUGCUCUAGCCGUGGACUGGAUCGGCAAGAACCUGUACUGGUGCGACAUAAGGAAGAAGAGUCUGGAGGUGUCCAAGGCUAACGGACUCUAUCCUGUGGUGCUGGUCAGCACCGGUCUGGACAUCCCUACCGACCUGGCUCUGGAUGCUGAUACUGGUUAUGUGUUCUGGAUCGACAGUGGAGAGUAUCCCCAUAUCGGGAGGAUAGGUUUGGACGGCAGCGGCCGGACGGUGAUCAGCGACACAGACAUAUUCAGUCCUGCAGCUCUCACCAUCGACUACACGGCAAAAAGACUUUACUGGGCUGACUCGCAUCAAAUUCUCUUCUCAAACAUGGACGGUUCAAAACGACGCAAAGUGCCGAGUCAAGACAUCUGGGAGGUGACGGCGCUGACUCUGUUUGAGGAUGUCAUCUAUUGGACGGAUGAGAAGUCCAAGUCGCUGAACCGGGCCCACAAGACCUCCGGGGCUCAGGGAGCAGAGCUGCUCAGAUACUGGAGAACCAUCCACAACAUCAAGGUGUACCACCCUCUCCGCCAACCCGACGUGCCCAAACACCAGUGUCAGGUGACCAACGGAGGCUGCAGCCACCUGUGUCUGCUCUCCCCUGGGGGAGGUUACAGGUGUGCCUGCCCCACCCACUUCUACCUGGCUGCAGAAAACAAGACCUGCCUUUCCAACUGCACAGCCAGCCAGUUCCGCUGUGGGACAGAUGAGUGCAUCCCCUUCUGGUGGAAGUGUGACACGGUGGAUGACUGUGGGGACGGGUCGGACGAGCCUCCAGACUGCCCUGAGUUUAAAUGCCAGCCAGGGAGGUUCCAGUGUGGAACUGGUCUCUGUGCUCUGCCUCCGUUUAUCUGUGAUGGGGAGAACGACUGUGGGGACAACUCUGAUGAAGCCAACUGUGAAUCCUACAUCUGUCUAUCUGGACAGUUCAAAUGCAGGAAGCGUCAGAAGUGCAUCCCACUGAACCUGCGCUGUAACGGACAGGACGACUGUGGAGACGGCGAGGACGAGACGGACUGCCCUGAGAGCACCUGUUCUGCCAACCAGUUCCAGUGUAAGAGCUCCCUGCACUGUAUCUCAGCCCUGUGGGUGUGUGACGAGGACCCGGACUGUGCCGAUGGAUCGGACGAGGCCAACUGUGAUGAGAAGACAUGCGGUCCUCAUGAGUUCCGGUGCCACAACAACAACUGUGUCCCAGAACACUGGAGGUGUGAUGGACAGAGUGACUGCGGCGACAACACAGACGAACAGAACUGCAAGCCAGCCACCUGCCCCUCCAGGGACUUUGUGUGUGACGACGGAGAGUGCAUCUCGGCUCGUUUCCGUUGUGACGGUGACACGGACUGUGCCGAUAGCUCUGAUGAAAAAGGCUGUGAGACGCGCUCGUGCCCCGCGGACCAGUUCCAGUGUCUCAAUCACCUCUGCAUCUCCAACAAGUGGCUCUGUGACGGCCGGGAGGACUGUAAGAUGGGAGAGGACGAGAGGAACUGCCAAGGACCUGCGGUCCUUCCGUCCUGCGCCCUGAGUGAGUAUGAGUGUGUCGGGGGAGGCUGUGUGUCGGCCCGCCUGAGGUGUGACGGCCAGCGAGACUGCCCCGAUGGAUCUGAUGAGGUAGACUGUGUGAGGGAGUGCAGGGAGGAUGAGUUCCUGUGUCUGAACAGAGCUCACUGCAUCCCCAGCCGCUGGCAUUGUGAUGCCCUGCCUGACUGUGUGGAUCACAGUGAUGAGCAUAACUGUGUCCAGGCAGCCAACUCUUGCCUUGCGGAUGAGUUUAUCUGUACCAACACACUGUGUAAGCUUUACAUCUGGGUGUGUGAUGGAGAGGAUGACUGUGGAGAUAACUCUGAUGAAGACUCUGACAUGUGUGCUAAACUGCCGUGUCCACCGAGCAGACCCUACCGCUGUCGGAACGACAGGGUGUGUCUGCGCUCGGAGCAGGUGUGCAACGGAAUCGACGACUGUGGGGACAACUCCGAUGAAGACGAUUGUGAAGAUGUGAUGCGGACCCCAAGGUCCUGUGGUAAGGUGGAGUUCACCUGCAGUAACCAUCGCUGCGUCGCGCAGGAGCUGCAGUGUGACCUCUUCGAUGACUGUGGAGACGGGGGCUCGGAUGAACUCCACUGUAAAGUGGUUUCCAAGGAAGGGGUAUGUGGAGAGAGAGUGGGUCUAUGUGGAGAUGACGCAUUCUGCAAUAAUACAGGAGCCGAUUCCCUCUGUCAGUGCAAGGCUGGCUUUCAGAGGAGCCAGACGACGAGGCAGUGUGAAGAGAUCAAUGAAUGCCUUCAGUUUGGCAUGUGUUCUCACUACUGCACCAAUACCAAAGGAUCCUUCAAAUGCACAUGUGACCGUAACUUUAAAGAAAUCGAUGGUGAAUGCAUAACCAAAGGACCAGAGGAUCAAGUGCUCUACGUUGCUAAUGACACUGAAAUCCGAAGUUUUGUCUAUCCGUUUAAGCAGAGCCACGGACAGAAGCUGCAUGCUCGCAUCGAGGACAAUGCUAAAAUCAUUGGGAUGGACGCUCUCUUUCACCGACACAAGUUUGUCUGGGCCACACAGUUUAACCCUGGUGGAAUGUUUUACAAAGACAUCGUAGACAGAAGUCUCACCAAGUCAAAUAGCGGAAUCAUAUGUCCUGACUUCAGAAGGCCCAGGGAUAUAUCUGCAGAUUGGGUGACUGGCAACAUCUACUGGACAGACCACUCCAGGAUGCAUUGGUUCAGCUACUACAACGCCCACUGGAGGAGGCUCAGAUAUUCCAUCAACGUGGGCCAGCUGGCAGGGCUAAACUGCUCUCGUCUCAUCACAGACAUCGCCGGGGAGCCUUACUCUAUCACUGUUAACCCGGCUCGAGGGAUGAUGUACUGGACAGUGGUAGGAGACCACUCCCACAUCGAGGAGGCUGCCAUGGAUGGGUCUAUGAGGAGAAUCUUAGUGGAGAAGAACCUCAGGAGACCCAGUGGACUUGCCAUUGAUUAUUUCAACCAGCGUUUGUACUGGGCUGAUACAGAGUUGUCUGUGAUUGGGAGCGUUCGAUUCGAUGGAUCGGACUCCGUGGUGGUGGUGAGCAGUGCACACGGUCUUUCCCAGCCUGUAAGGAUUGAUAUCUUUGAGGACUAUAUCUAUGGGAUCGGGAUGAGGAAUGAUGUCUUCCGGGUCCAUAAGUAUGGAAAACAGCCAAUGGAACGGCUCCAUCUGGGAGUAGAGAGACCCUCCAUUAUCUUGGUCCUCCACCGAUUCAAACAGCAAGACGUGUCCAAUCCGUGUCUAAGGAUGGGCUGUGAUUUCCUGUGUCUGCUCAACCCUGCCGGAGCCAGCUGUUUCUGUCCUGAGGGGACCACGCUAAUAAACAGGACCUGUAGGGACACCAACACUUCAGGAGAGCUGUGUCGCCCCGCCUGUGAGAACGGAGGACGAUGCAUCACCAACGAGAAGGGGGAGCUGCGGUGCUACUGCUGGCCAAAUUUCUCCGGGGAGCGCUGUGAAGUGAACCACUGUAAAAACUACUGUCAGAAUGGGGGCACAUGCUCUGGCUCUUCCAUAGGGAGACCUACAUGUCGUUGUGCUGUGGGGUUCACAGGACCGGUCUGUGAGAGGAAGGUGUGUGAUAACUACUGUCUGAAUGGCGGCACCUGUGACGUCAGCAAGGGGAACCAGCCAGUGUGUCGCUGUAUGGCAGAGUACACUGGGGAGCGUUGUCUCUACCAUAUCUGCCAUCACUUCUGUACCAAUUCGAAGGCUUGUACUCUGUCGAGCAAGAGCCACGUGGAGUGUGUGUGCUCAACCAGAUAUGAGGGAGUGAAAUGUGAAGUGGACAGAUGCCUCCGGUGUCGAGGGGCACCGUGCAUUGUCAACCCGGAGACAGACGACGUGUCCUGCAACUGCAGUAACGGUAGAGUGGCAGCCACCUGUCAGCUGUGUGAUGGAUACUGCUACAACGGAGGAACCUGUCGCCAGGACCCCGAGACCAGUCUGCCGUUCUGCCAGUGUCCAGCUGAUUGGUCAGGUACACAGUGUGAGAGACCUGCCCCAAAGAACAGUCUGUCUGGCACCAUCAGCGGGGGAAGCAUGGCCAUCGUUGUCCCGCUGGUUCUGCUGGUGAUUCUCGUCACUACCAUGGCCUUGGGGGUUUUCAUAUGCAAGAGGAAGCAAAGGGGGAAAAUAGUCCAGCGGCAGCCCAUGGUGAAUGGUGGGCUAAACGUAGAGAUCGGUAACCCCUCGUACAACAUGUAUGAGGUGGACCACGACAAUCACUCUGAUGCUGGGAAUCACCUUCAGCCAAGCUUCACUCUGGACCCACACAAGGGUUGGUGUGUUGGUGUGAGGUCCAGUCACUUGCACACUCUGUUAGUUCACCCUGAAGGAGUUCAUCUCCCGAAGGAGAUCCUUCCUGGACAGGCCAUAAACUCCAACCCAGUAUACACUGAGUUAUACCUUGAUCAGGGACAGAACUGUCGGAAGCCCGUCAUCAAUAUCGAAGCGAGAAGCGAGCUACUCCCAAAGAAACUGGAGGCAACUAUACGAGAGACAGUUGCAUAGCCUUUUACUGUACGCUAUUGGUAUAAUAUUUUAUAUGAGCUGUAUAAAUGUACAAAAUUAAAAGAAGGAUUUUUAUAUGUCCACACCACACUAGAAUUUUCUGUUUUCAUGUUAUGUCUGAGGCAUCAUCAGGCAGGCAACACUGCGAUGUGUAUCUUUUGCAUUGCACUGAAAAAGCCAGCACCUGAAAAUGACCUUCCCUUCAAUGCUUUCCUUCAAAUGAAGUAGUCCCUGCUAUGAUGCUUUGAGCUCGCAACUGUUACCAGCUGAUCGCUUUAAUCAAUGUGUUUCAAGGAUAGGACAAAAACAAAAAAAAGUGUACUAUGGUGUCACAGCCUACAUUCAUGUAUACAGUAUUUACCUUCUCAAAUGACGAUAAAAAGAUGUGACACAGAAGUUUUAUAAUUUUAUAUAUGAUUUAUAUAUGUCCAGUUUGGCUUGUAUUUUAUGACAAGAUAUUACGUGUCGUACUUUUAUACAAAACUGUACAGUACAUCGUUAUGUAAUAAAUGGAGGGGGGGUUCUUGACCUUUCAAAUACACUACUGCUCAUAUAUAUCUAUA